UUGUUUUCGCAGUUGACCAAGCUCUGUUGAGAGGUAUAAUGGGGCUUGCACUAUUACAUCCAAACGACUUGGUCGACAAUUUAGUUUGAAGAUAUUAUCGAACUGAAGUUUUAUUUGAUACCUUCUCUGGACGGAAUUGAACUCGGGGCCAAAUAUCGCCAUCAUUCGCUGUCAUGCGGCAUGAACAGCCCCCACAGCAAGGCGCUUCUGCUGUCUGCCCGAUCAGUUGAUGCAUGCAGCCGCCUGGAAACUACUCCAACAAUUGGGCGUUUCCAUCUCCGGGUAAUGUACACUAAAGAAAGUAAUCGGAGUGGAGAUUCUUAAAUAUGGGAAGGCGACUUCGCAUGCCCGGCGGCCCAAGAAUGCCUACGAUAAGGGUUUAUACCAUCAGUUGCUAUGACUGAUAUACCGCAAGUUGAUACAUUUUUGCGCACACUUGUGCCAGGAAAGAGUCCCAAAAUCGAUAUUAUCGCAAUCCAUGGGCUCAAUCCCAAAAACAAGGAACGCCAUGCCGAGAGGACGUGGGAGCUGGAUGGGAAGCUAUGGCUGAGGGAUUUUCUCCCCAGCCAGCUACCUCAGGCUAGAAUACUACUCUUCGGGUAUAAUGCCAGUGUCAGUAUUCAAUCUUCUUCUGCCGGAGUACGCGAACAAGCGCAGAAUUUACUUAGCAGGCUGUGGAUUGAGAGACAGGGCUGUGAGCUCCGACCUAUCAUUUUUAUUGCUCAUAGUCUGGGUGGUAUAGUAGUCAAGGAGGCACUGGUACAAGCCAAACUUGGACGCACCUACAGCUCCAUUCCAACAGCAACUUAUGGUAUAGCCUUUUUUGGUACCCCUCAUCGUGGAAGCCAUCUGGCAAAGAUAGGGGAGACUGUGGCAAAAGCUGUGAGGGCAUUUCUCAGAACCCAGAACAAUACCUUUAUCAACGCCUUGAAAGAAAACGACCUGUAUGCAAAUGAGCUUUCAGCAAAUUUCGAACAGUUAUUAGAAGAUUAUAAAUAUAUAAAUUUCUAUGAGACUUUGCCUUUGAGAAGUCUCGGAAUUAUUGUCGAGAAGAAGUCCGCAACAUUUGGUCUCCCUGACUCACGCGAGAUAACAGUAGCUUUAGCUGGAGACCACGAAAGUAUCUGUCGAUAUCGAAGCAAAGAGGAUGAUAGGUAUAUACAUGUCUCCGGGCUCAUUACUAGGUUUGCAGCUAUAGCGAUGAGAGAGUGCGACGAGGUGUCACUGUUUGGGGAUUCCAGCGCCGGAUCAACUUUGGUGGGAUCAACCCUGGCUGGCGAGAAUCCCGAAUCUAAAAUAUGUAUGAUCCCGUUCGCGCGGAACCCAGGGUUUGUUGAUCGUGGGCCUAUCCUGAACCAGCUUAAGGAUAUGAUUGUGCCCAUCGGCACGAGCCCGAGAGUUGCACUCUUCGGCCUAGGAGGUGUAGGGAAAUCUCAAAUUGCUAUAGAAUUUGCUCACCAAAUCUGGACCGAAUCCCAGCUAUCGGUAUUCUGGGUCAGCGCCAGUAGCAUUGAUCGCUUUCGCGAAGGUUAUAAUGCGAUCUUUGACGAGCACGUCUCGUCGGACCCAGACACCAAAUGCGAUAAGCUUAUAUGUGCUAAAGAAUGGCUUGAGAGGGAGCACGAUAACUGGAUAUUGAUCAUUGAUAAUGCCGACGAAACAUGCCUUUUCGAGCCCAGCAAGAAGGGUAAGCAAACUGAUGCGAAUCAAUCAAUCCUAGAGUUCCUACCCGAAAGCAAGCAUGGGGCUAUUCUCGUCACAACGCGGAAUAGGGCGGCUGGAGUUAAGUUCACCAAGGGUGUAGCGAACGCUGUUAUAGAAGUCAAGCCUAUGUCCAGCGAAGAGUCAAAGAACCUCAUCAAGAACAAUGUGACAGACCAUGUUCUUGAAGAGUGUGAAAUGGAUGGACUCGCAGACUUGCUAGGUCACUUACCACUUGCCAUAGUCCAAGCUGCUGCUUUCAUGCAAGAAAAUUCGAUGAGCAUCAGCGAAUAUAUAGAGCUAUAUAACGACAGCGAAGAGACAAGCAUGGAUCUUCUUUGCGAGCCAUUCGAAACGUUAGGACGAGACACUGGAGUCCCAAACGCGGUUGCUACAACAUUGAUAGUCUCGAUCGACCAAAUCAAGGAAAGGGACCCCAAGGCCAUCGAAAUACUUGACCUCAUCGCGUUCCUUGACCGAAAUGAUGUUCCUAAAAGCCUCAUCCAGCACAGGAUAAAACGGCCUUUGGAUUUGACAAAAGCCCUCGGAAUACUGAAAGCCUUCUCUCUGAUCGUGGCCACCGAUGGAAAAGGAAACUUCUCUUUCCAUCGACUGGUGCAAUUGGUAUUGCGGAAAUGGUUGAUACUCGGGGAGAGGUAUGAAGAGAAAUCAAUGCAGGCCAUGAAACUGCUCGACGAGGUGUACCCCGAUGCGACGUUCGAGAAUUGGGGUAUUUGUGCAACUUAUCUUCCACACGCUCAAUCAGUUCUAUCCAUCAUUCCAGAAGUUGACGACGAGGCCAGGAUCAUGCGAUAUCACCUUUUGGAAGGCGUGAGUUUUUAUCUUUGGUCGCAGGGACGGCACGAAGAAGCAGAGAAAAUAGAUCUUCAGCUUGUUGAGGAUAAAAAGAAGGAGUUCGGGUCUGAACAUCCCGAAACAUUGGAAAGUAUUGCUAGCCUGGCUGCGACAUAUUAUGAACAGGCUAGAUGGGCAGAAGCCGAGGAACUCGACUCGUUUGUUGUUGAGGCAAGAAAAAAAAGCCUGGGUCCUCGAGAGAGGUUAACAUUGACUUCCAUGUCGAAUUUGGCUACAACAAUCGAAACCCGAGGACGAAUGGAGGAAGCCGAGAAGAUAAGAACAGAGGUUCUUGAGGCUGCAAGAUCAGAAUACGGCGAAGAUGAUGACCAAACAAUCACUGCGAUGGCCAACUUAGGGGCCCUCUAUUUGGAUUCAUGCCGAGUGGAAGAAGCAGCCCAGUUAACGCAACAUGUGUUGAGUUGGAGGACCAAGAACUUUGGCGUUGAACACCAAUACACCCUCAAAAGCUCAAUCAUGCUUUCUGAGGUAUACAAAGCGCAGGGUAAGCUUGAGGAGGCAGAGACAUUAGCUCUCCAAACCUGCAACGUGAGAGAAAAGGUGCUAGGUCUGGAUCAUCCAGAAACAUAUGCUAGCAAGGCAAUUCUAGCCAGUAUAUAUUUCGAUCAAGACAAACUAGACGAUGCGGGAAACUUAUUGCUACAGAUGAUUGAACACGGAGAGCAGCAAAGCGACGCAAUAUAUGAGCUAUUGGAUAGAAAGCUCCAGCUAGCCAAGGUAUACAAAAAGAAGGAAGAAUACGAAAUGGGGGAAAAGCUGGAAAAGGAAGCUUUGAGUGGCAGCGUCAAAGCUUUCGGUCUCGACCAUGAACUGACAUUGCGAUGCCUCUAUACCAUAGCACUUACCCAUAAAGAGCAAAACAGAAACUCGGAAGCGAUUGAGUUGAUGGCCUGGGUCACUCACCGCGAAGAGAAGGUCCUAGGGCCCUUCAACGACGGAACCUUGCAGUCCCUGCACAUGUUGACUGAGUGGUGUGGUGAUGAAGCGGGAAUACAAAAGAUUUUGGAAAUUGAAGAGGAAGAGGAAAAGGGUACGAAGACCCCAAACGAUUGGAUACUUGUGUGAAAUAUCCCCUUCGAUGGCGAUGGCAUAGUACGAGGCUCGGAAAACUUUAGCGCAAGAUGCGAGUAUCUGGGGCAAUCUAUACAAUAAUGGCACUAAUUAAUUCUUGCUGGUGGGCUCUUCGACAUGCCUCUGAAUUGAGCCCUGGUUGGCCGGACUAUCCAAUUUUCGUCCCUAGCUUCGGUAGUUUUAUACGGCUCGAAUCUGGUGCGCUUGGACC